ACAAUAUUAUGACAGAAGAAUAUGAAAUGUUUCCCGCUAUGCAUGGUUAGUAAAAAAUAAUUAAUAUCGACCCGUGACAUUAUAUAACUAUUAUUAACAUAUGGAAUUUGCCUCUCCAGGAAUAUUCAUGGAUUAUUUAUUUAUUGUUUGUUACGGUUGGAUCGUUCUGGAGUUAAUCGUAAAUAUCGGUCUCAAAAGAGCCACCUUUAAGGUAUUUAAUACAAAAAUAUAAAAAUAAAUAUUGCGAUUUUUGUAAUCUUAGUUCUGUUUUAUCAGCUAUGAACUUUUACUCAUUUCAGCACACUACUCAAAACAUCUACGCAUGGCUCAUCGUUUAUUAUGGAAAUUUAAUAUUCAUGAUAAUCCACAUGGUAUAUUAUGUAGUGAACAGAAUUAUAAUGUUUGGUUCUUUUGAAAAUUUUUUAUAUGCGCAUUUCUUUUCCCAUGAAAACGGGUUACAUUUAUCUUCGGUAUGUAUAUAUUAACAAAUUAUUGAUUAUUUAAAUCAUGUAUUUAUGUACUAUCCUACUCAAAUAAUUUACACAAUAAAAAAUACCUAAUAUAUGAGUAAAAUAAAAUAAUAUAUCGACCGAAAAAAACAAAAAAAAGACUAUCAUCGGUAUUAUUUUAUUAUUAUUUUUUUUUACGAGUAUUGUAAUUGAUAAAUUAUAAUAAAGAAAUAUUAUGAUUUCACUUGAAAUAUUAUAUUAUAAAAUAUGAUCCAAAAGAGUAUUAUCAAUAUAUACACUGACAUUUAUCUACUAACAAAAGUAUCAUUCAUAGUAGGAUAAAUAAAAAACAAACUUUAACAUUUGAAUAUUGAACUCAAAUUGAUACCUAAUUAAAUAAUUACAAGGAUUUAUCAUUUUAUUUUACUAUAGUACAAUUGCUUUUUGUAACUGAUUUCGGAUAAUAAAAGCAUUUAUAGUUAGGUACUUUCAUAUUAUGAUGGUUUUGAUGGAACUUAUCUAAAUCAAUUUUGUGGUUUUUUUAAUAUAAAAUAUUUAAUUAUGAAAAUACAUACUGGUGUACAUUGACUUAUUACAAUAAGUCACUGAAUACACUAAUGUUGAAAAUGUAUACACUAAUGAAAUUUAGUUUCCUAAGACUAAUAAUUUAUUAGUAUACAAAUAAUAUAGCUACUUCAAAAAAAAUUUGUAAAUUAUAUUAUACUUCCUAAAUAAACUACAGCGUUUUAAUUUUAUACUUGUGUGUUAUAACUUUUUUUAGAAUUCCAUCUAUAUAAUAAUUAUUGCUGUAGAAAUUUUUGUCACCCACUCAUAUUACAUUGCCGAAGAAAAUGCAAAACUACAGAAGUUCGUACGAAUCAAAUGGAAAUACGUAUCCAGAGGAGAAGUUGUGUCAAGUGGAGUCAACUAUCCUUCUGCAACAAAUUUCAACGAUUUAACAUCACGCCGAACCCAAGAAGGAUCAAAAAUACCACCUUAUAUAACCAAUGUUUUACAGGAUUAGUUACAAAUAAUAAUCAAUAAUAUUACCAAAUAUUAACUAAUAUUCCUUGUUCAUUAACAUUAAAAUCUAACUACAAUUUAAUUUAUAUUUAUAGUUAUUUAUUUAUAUUUAAUUUAUAUUCUAUCUAUUAUCUACAUACUCCUAUACAACUAGAUAAAUGUGAAAUAGGUUAGUUUUUUCGGAGUUUUUGUAACAGUUCAUCUCAAAAACCACUGAACGGAUUUAAUUGUAAAUGUUUUAUUUUACAUUUUUGUAAUAUGAAUUAAU